ACUGACAGACCUGCCGCUGGCCUAAGGUUGUUGGAAAAGACACGUAAAGCAACAAAGAUACCCACAGAUUUAUCAAAUUUAUGAAUUAAAUAGGAGUAAACAAGGAACCAAACAACAUGGACGCUGGCGUGUGGUACCGCUCGCUGCCCCGAUUCACCAGGUAUUGGCUGACGGCCACCGUGGCGCUCAGCAUGCUUUGCCGCUUCGACAUAAUCCCAAUAUAUUGGCUGCAUCUGGACCGAAAUUUGGUUUUUGGGAAGCUGCAGCUCUGGCGAUGUGUGACGUCACUAUUCGUCUUUCCGAUUUCGUCAAACACGGCGUUCCACUUCCUCAUCAACUGCUUCUUCAUCGUACAGUACAGCUCGAAGUUGGAGAAGGACCAGUAUAGCCGAAGUCCGGCGGACUAUCUGUACCUUCUGAUUGUUUCUGCGGUGCUGGCCAAUAUUGGGGGCAUGCUCUUCAAUGUGUACUUCCUCAUGGACAUGCUCGUCCUGGCGAUCACCUACAUAUGGUGCCAGCUGAACAAGGACGUCACUGUGAGCUUCUGGUUUGGCACCAGGUUCAAGGCCAUGUAUCUUCCCUGGGUCCUGGCCGCCUUCGAGUUCAUUUUCCACUUCUCCCUCGCUUCGCUGGUUGGCAUCUUCAACGGACAUGUCUACUACUUCUUCAAGUUCCAAUACUCCCAGGAUCUGGGCGGCACUGCCCUGCUGGAAACUCCUCAGUUCUUAAAGCGCCUUGUGCCGGACGUUUCCGGCGGAUUCGGUGGCUUCGGAGUGCCGCCGGAGAGCAGAGCACCACCGCGACAGGCGCCUGAGAGUCCUUGGGGCCGGGGCAUGACCUUGGGUCGGAACUGAUCCUCGAAACUAGACUAAUUCCCCUUUUUAUGGUUUGGUUAACUUCUUUUCAUAACCAAGCUCUUUUUACAAAACACUAAAAUAGUAUUUUUCAAACUAUUUUUCAAUCACCACUCGAUUCUCUGGCAACAGCAAUAAGUUAACAUGUUAAGUGGCAGGAUUGCAUUGUGCAUUAUUGAAAUUAUAUUAAUAUAUGUUUGUACAUAUAACCAUUAAAAAAAGACAAAGGUG